UGGGGGGGGAGAGAGAGAGGAGGACAUUGUUUGUCCGUGGCUGUGGGCAACGGGAAAAGCAGGAGUUUAUCGGGGCAUGUGCGAGCGUGUUUGGAAAGUGUGUUUGUACGUCGAGCCGUGGUUUAAUGAGUGGAACCUGACUGACUGUGAGUCGGACGGGAGCAUGCGCGCGGACGUGUUUGAGGAAGCUUCAGUUUGGGAUGUUGGGGCUUGGAGGCCGUUCAAAGGAUGCUCAAACAAAGACGUUUUCUUUUUUUUUUCUUCUUUCUCUCUCUCACCCUUUUGAAUGGUGACUGAGGGCCAGCCGGAUUCCUUGACUCAUGCCGUUGGGGUCUGCUCUGCUUUUUGGGUAGCUGAAGGAUCAUCUGCAUGAAUGGCCAAGGGGCCUGACUUCACCUAUUGCCUCAAUAGCCUGUGGGCUGAAGGAUUAUGGGUAAUCUCAUCAGCAGGCCCAGUUGUCUGGGCCAGAAGUCCAAGCAUGUUAGGACUGAUGAAGGCUUCCUGAAGGAGUGCUACCAAAGACGAAAGGAGUGGCCGCCCCCCGAACAAGAUGGGGUGGUCAAAAGGGACGAGGGUUCCAGGGAUAAACUCGGAGAGAAUGGAAACAAGGAAAAAGAGGUGGAAAAAGAAAGUGGGGUUGAUAAAUUUGACCAUAAGAGGGAGGAGGGUGCUCAAACGCCUAUCUCAGACAAACCCCUACAAAACUCCCCUGCCUCCACAAUCAGAAGUAGCAGUACCCUGGAAAAUGCCUGGCAUAGCAGCCCGUCUUCGAUCAAAACAUCCCGAAAUGGAACACUAACAAGAAGGACGUUGCCUCCGGAGUUCGCUAGAUCUCCCCUUGCUCACAACGACUUGACGGCUGCAGAAAGGAGGGCCAGCUUCCAGAGGAGAGACUCCAGAGAAGGAAGCCCCUGGUCAUGGAAGACUCUUGCAUCACGCGAGGUGACCGAAGUCACCGAGGUGACAGAGACGACCGUGACUGAGAUCGUGGAGGUGACGGAGUAUCCGCCAGGAGAUAAAGGAGGCAACCCCAUAGUCACCAGAACCGUUAGAGUCCUGAACGGUGUAGCAGAGGAGCUUGCCGAGCUCCAGAGUGAUGGGCAGUCAAGUUCAGACCAAGAUUCCAGUUUGGACAGGUGGCGGGGAACUAAAUCUCCGUUGGCACUCAGGGAUGCUUCCACAAAUUCUGAAAUGUUUCUUCAGAAUCUGGAUGCUUUGGUUACAUGGGUCGGUGAGAUAGGGGAGCUCACAGCCAAUCAGAAACCUCCAUCCUCAGAGGUCAAAGUGGUGAAGGCACAGCUUCAAGAACAGAAGCUCCUGCUGCGCCUCCUGACAGACCGAAGGCGUAGCAUGGACUCUGUGAUGGUCGAGGGUCCUCGGCUGGUGGAGGCCCACCCGGGAGAAGAGGGGGAGCGGGCAAAGGUCAAGCUCGCCACUCUUCAACAGAAGUGGGAGGCCCUGCAGCUGGAGGCAGAGAAAAGGAGGGAAUGUCUGGAGCUCAUUCUGCCCAAAGCCCAGCAGUUCCAGGAAGAGGUAGACGGCCUGCAGCAGUGGUUCAUUUCUGUAGAACAGACGCUGGCCGAGCUGAGAAACGCCGAGAGAGUGAUGCUGCAUCUGUCGGACGCCACAGAGAAGGCCAAGGAUAUUUUUGAAGAGAUUCAAGUCCAAAUGGCUGAACUUGGAAAAGUAAAGAUGUCAGGUCAAGUUUUAAAGGAAGCCGUUUCAGCGGAGGAAGCCCAGCAGGUGCAGGAGAAGAUGGAUGCACUGCGUAUCCGUUGCUCUGUGCUAAACCUAAGCAGCAUGGAUGUGCUGCAGAGGCUGGAGCAGGCCCUGGAAGCAUCCAGCCGCUGCACUUCAAGCCAGGAGGACCUCCACCUGUGGCUGGGCCGCAUCGAGAGGGAGUUGCUGGGAGCAGCAGGAGCAGCAGGAGCACAGACGCACGUAGGAGAUGCAGUACUGUGUGCAGCUGAGAGACAGAGGUUGGAACAGGCUGUGGUGAAGGAGAUGGCGUGGUUCAAAGACACCUCACACAAUCUCGACAAGCUUAAAACAAUUAACCUGGACCCAAAGAUCAUAGCAGAACAACUCAACGAACAGAAGAUUUUAGCAGUAGAGAUACUUCAGCACAAAUUCAACAUUGAGAAGAUGGUGAAGGUCGCUGAAAUUUUGAUGACUUACAGUGACGAAGGAGCAGCUGGAGAUCUACAGACGCCACUGGAAGCCUUACAGGAACACUGCAACACCACCUCAGCCACCAAUGCCCAUGUGGUCCUGCAGCUGGAGCAUGCCCAGUUGCUUCUGGCCCAGUUCUCUGAGGGCCUGGUCGAGGUGUCGCCUUGGCUGGACGAAACCCAGAAGCUCAUUGGCCAGCUCUCCCUGAGCACAAUUAGCUAUGAAGCAUUCCGGGAACAACAGGACCUCUUACAGGGUCUCAGAGAAUCGAUAGCAGAACACCGACCUCUGAUUGCGCGCCUGUGCGUCCUAGCCAAGCGCUUGUCAGAACUGAACCCCGCUCAGGGUGAGCAAUUCUCUCUGAAGGCGACAGCGGCCGAGGAGCAACACAAUGCCAUCAGGGAGCGCGUUCGAGAAACCGCCGGUCUCCUUGAGGAGUCCUUACCCCGAUUCACACAACUGAAUGAGAGGAUGACCCUUAUCAGAGAGAGUCUCGACCGUCUGCGCAGUCGCAUCCAGACACCCACCUCUCUACAAGGUCUCACACCAAGGAUCCAGGAACAGCUCCAAGACAACAAGCAAACCCUUACUGAGCUGUCCAAGCUGGAGCUGGGUCUCCACAGUGUCAAAGGCCAGGCAGACGAACUGCUGGCCAACACUCAGGCGGCAGGGGACAAUUCAAUUGGCACAACGAUUCAGGGUCAAGUAUCCAGCCUGUCCCAGAUGUGGGAUGAGACUUCCAAGCAGGCUCAGGAGAGGGAGAGCUGGUUACUGAAGCUUCUGGAUCUUGCCUUGAAGUAUUGGAGCGACGUCAGCGAAAUGACGAGUGCCCUUAACGAUACGCAGCAAGCUAUUUUGGAUCUCAACGCCUCUCUGACAGACUCUGAAACAAUCAGGCAAAGUCUCGGAAGCAUGCAGUCACUCAGGGAGGAUAUAGAUGGCUUGCAAGGAGACCUGGACACUCUUGGUGUUCUUGGAAUGGACCUGAUGGUAGCAUGUGGCGAUACAGAGAAACCAGACAUCACAAAGAGCAUGGAUGAACUUUAUUGCACAUGGAACAAUUUAAGCAAACUUUGGACCGACUCUCACAAGAAGCUAGAGGACUCCUUGCAGAUGGCGCUUCAUUAUCAAGAUACAAUGCAGGGCCUGUUUGAGUGGUUAAAGUCAGCAGAGUUGAGAUCUACAGAGGAGUUUACAGUGGGAACUGACCUGGAAGCAGUCAAAGAGCAGCUAUGUGAUCUAAAGGAAUUUAAGCGAGAGCUGUACCAGAAGAAGAUUGAGAUGGAGAGCCUGAACCAUCGCUUUGUGUGCCGGUUGUCUCCGGGCUCGGAGCGCCCAGGCUCCUUCUCUCCGCUGUGCGACUUCAGACAGAGGUGGGACAGUCUGGAGUCUGAGACAGUGAACAGACAGCAUCAGUUAGAGUGUGCUCUGCUGGGUCUGGGCCAGUUUCAAAACACCCUGGACGAGCUGCACACAUGGCUUUCCAGAACCUCCGAGCAACUGCAUGGCAACCAGCCAAUCAGCAUGGACCUGCAGACCUGCGAAAUAGAGCUGGCUAAGCACAAGGUGUUGCGUAAUGAUGUCAUGUCUCACGUUCGCACCAUUGAGUCCCUGAACCAGGCUGGCAGGAAGCUGCUGGAGGCCGGGUCUGGGGACAACACGCACGGUCUGCAGUCUCAGUUGGAGGAAGUGAAUGAAAGUUGGGAGUUUGUCCGCUGUGAGACUGAGCGCAGGCAGCUGGAACUAGAAAACAGACUGAGUCAGGUGCAAGAUGUUACCAUGGAGAUCCAGGAUCUCAUACAGUGGCUGGAGAACACAGACCUGAGGCUGUCCUCUUCUAAAACCACCUGGGGCAUGCCAGACUCUGCAAGCGAGAGGCUUAAUGCACAUUUGGAUUUGUGUAAUGAGAUGGAGUCUAAAGUUCAAGCCUACACAAAUGUGAGGAAUGCCAUUCAUGGGAUGCUGGAGCGAGGGGACCUUGUGCGGGGGUCAAGCACCGAGCACAGUUUAUCUAUACUUGAACAAAAGUGGACAUCUGUUUACAACAAAGUCCAGGAGCGGAAAGCUAAGCUUACGGAAGGACUGAGUCUGGCCAAAGAGUUUCACAGCAGCGUCCAAGAACUGCUAAAAAAGAUGAGCGAGUGUGAAGAGUCCAUUAAGGAUCUCCCUGCUCCAAGUUUCAUUCUGGACACAAUUUCCACACAGCUUCAAGAACACAAGAUUCUGCUGAAUGAGGUCAACGGCUACAGCGAGAAGAAGACGUCGGUGGAGAACACAGGAUGCAGGCUAACAGAGCUGAGCAGGAAGGAAGACUGCGACGUCAUCCAUAAUUUGAUACUGACGGUUCAGGAUCGACACAAGAAGCUCCUGCAGCGAACGUCAGAGAGAGGCAGGACGCUGGAGGACGUUAAGAAACACAUCAAGCAGUUUACUGAAUCUUGGCGCCUCCUUGUGGACUGGAUGACUGAGGUUGAACAAACGUUGGACACGCAUAAGGAGAUUGGAGCGUCCCAUGAGGAGAUAAAGCAGCAACUAGUAGAGCAGAAGGAGUUUCAGAAACUGCUGAGAUCGAAAAGGCCCAUAUACGACGCCACGUUGAAGAGCGGCCGCGGCCUCCAUGAAAAGGCACAGAGCGGCCAUGACAGGCAGCAUCUGGAAAACCUGCUGGCCGAACUCAGAGACACGUGGGACACUAUUGGUGGCAAGUCUAUCGAGAGACAACAUAAGCUAGAAGAAGCUCUGCUGUUCUCGGGAAGAUUCACUGAUGCUCUGCACGCGCUCAGUGACUGGCUGUACAGAGCAGAGCCUCAACUGGCUGAGGAUGUUCCUGUUGGUGGAGACAAAGACAUGGUCACCAAUCUCAUAGACAAACAUAAGGCCUUCCAGAAGGAGCUGGGAAAGCGAGCCGGCUGCAUACGGACCCUGAAGCGCUCGGUGAGGGACCUGACCAGGAGCAGCACCGCAGACGCUCACUGGCUGCAGGAGCAGAUGGAGGAGCUGGAGGGCCGCUGGGACGCCGUGUGCAGACUGUCAGUGAGCAAACAGGACAGGCUGGAGGCGACGCUGCAGCAGGCUGAGAGGUUCGAUGGUCUUGUUCACUCUUUCAUGGAGAGGCUCACAGAAGCAGAGAGGAUCCUGAAAUACGGGGUCAUACCAGAGGAGGAGAGUAGUUUGCUUGCCUUCCAGAAGCAACACGAGGAGUCACUACGUAUCUUACACGCUCAAGAGGUGGAACUGGAGAACAUCCAGAAUUUGGGUGAAGAGAUUCUGGCCUCUUGUCACCCAGACUCCAUAAUAACCCUCAAAUCUUGGAUCAGUGUCACCAAGACUCGCUAUGAGGAGGUUCAGACAUGGGCCCAACAGCAAGCUCAGAAGAUCCAGGCCAGUUUGGCAGCACUGGAAGAAGAGAAAGAAGAAGUCCAGAGACUUUUGGAUUGGAUCUCAUCAGCGGAGGAGUCUCUCAUCCUCAGAGAGGAAGAGCCUCUGUCUGAGACAACAGAGCAGAACCAAGAACUUAUUGAGCAGCACAUGGUGUUCACGGGGGAAAUGAAGAAAAAGUUCCCAGAGAUCGAACAUGCCACGAAGUCCUGCAAACACAAAAGCCUUCCUAAACAUCGAGGUUCCCCCAUCAAGCGGCCGUUUGCGAAGAGGAGAAGCACUAUGAAGCUGCCGCCUGUCAUACCGGUCCCCUUAGAGCACCUGGACCCUCAGACUCCGCAGCUCAUUCAGCUGGUCAGGCAGUGGCAGAAACUUUGGCAAAUGGCCGUGGCGAGACAGAAUCGCUUGGAACAACACCAGCAGAUGCUCAGAGAGAUGGAGGAAUUUGCCAACUUUGACUUCAAUAUCUGGCGAAAGCGUUACAUUCAGUGGAUUAGUCAUCUGAAGUCCCGGAUCCUAGACGUGUUCCGAAGCAUCGACCGGGACCAGGACGGGCGGAUCAGCCGGAAGGAGUUCACCGAUUAUGUCCUUGCCUCCAAAUUUCCGACCAACUCUCUGGAGAUGAACGCAGUGGCAAACAUUUUCGACUUAAACAACGACGGUUUCAUUGACUACUAUGAGUUUGUGAGCGCGCUCCAUCCUAGCAGAGACCCCUACAGGAAAACACUGGAUGCAGAUCAAAUUAAUGAAGAGGUGAGUCGCCAGGUAUCUCAGUGUAACUGCCCCAAGAGAUUCCAGGUGGAACAAAUAAGUGCCAACAGAUACAGGUUUGGAGAUUCCCAGCAGCUGCGGAUGGUCCGGAUCCUGCGGAGCACGUUGAUGGUUCGGGUUGGAGGAGGCUGGACGGCGCUCGAUGAGUUCCUGGUUAAGAAUGACCCGUGCAGAGUCAAAGGUCGCACCAACCUGAAGAUCAAAGAGAAGUACUUGUCACCGACAGGAAGCACCACCAAGGGUCUGAGUGUGAGCCGGUCCAACUCCAGCCUGAGCCUCUACAGCAGUGCCUCUGCCCCCACCAGCCCCAUGACGCGCAAGGCAUUACUCCGCCGCAGUUUCUCAGGUGACCGGUGUAUCCGUCCUCGGAGCUCCAUAGCAGCUCUGGGGUCUGAGCUGCAGUUUGUCGCAACGGGGGAAGACAACUCCCCCUCACCCUCAGAUGAAGCUGAGAGAUUACCCACAUGACAACCUCUUGUUCCUACCGCAGCACUCCACCAAAGCAAAGCUAUCAGAGCAUCGAAUCGCCGUCUCAAGCAAAAAACAACAAACAAAAUGCCGUCUUAAAAAGAUGGUCCUGAAAAGUGAUGAUGGAUAUUGACUGCGACUGUACGGGAUCUGCAUGAAGACGGUGCAGAUAACGGGAGAGAGUCCGUCCAGGGGGACAAGCGAAAACCUUUUUUUCCCACUUUUGCCAUUUUAUACAUUAACCCGAUUACGUAGACUGUAGAAAGUUCUGCAUGAGCAAUAACUGCAUGGUAGCCAGAGCCUUCCUCUUUUCAGAGCUGCUUUCGUUCAGUUUCACUCUUUCGUGCUUGUGAUUGUAAGCUUGGGCACACAGUACCUGAUCAUCGCAGUGACUUGCCAAAUCGACAAAAUGAGUAAAACUACGGAGGUCAGCGUGAGAAGCCUGUUUUGCUGUCUGAUCCUCUUUGAGUGUCCAAAAAAAUGAUUAUUAGAUGUAAACAUACCAAAACCACUGCGUAACUGCAAUGCUGUUAAAAAUGAAUUGGCCAAGACAGACUUCUGAUUUUUAUUUUCACAUUAGAAUAUUUGAGAGCAUUAAACUCAUCGCAGAUCAUCAGAUUUACUAAAUAAGACAGAAAUGGAACUGAGUGACUACAAAAUACAGUUAAAAUGGGGGUUUCAUUUAUUAAGGGGAAAAGCUACUGAAACCAACUUGGUCCUGUACGAACAAAAGUAAUUAUACACUAAUUAUUAUCUCUGCCAUCCUGUAAAACAACAACCACUUCAAGUAUGCAAGAACCAUUGAUGAGUCUUUUUAUAUUAAUGUGAAUGGAUUUUUGCCCACUCUUUUGGAUAAUGGCUGUCACUGUGGCUCCAUUGUACGGAAGUCUUUAGCUGUCAGAACUCUGAAAAAUACGCAGGAGCAGUAUCUCAUUAAAAAAUAAAAUAAACUUGUUAAAACAAGAAAGUUUCUUGUUGUAAGAAGAUAUAAAAUUAUGUUCAUUUGUCAUAUUACAAUUAGGUCCCCUCUUCAUCUCCAUCUUCUAAGUGUGUUUCCUUUAUGCGUCACUGAAACAUCCUUCACCUUUUCGACCUUUCUUGUUUAAAUGAAAACUCGAUUUAAUGAAUCAUAUAUCUCAAAUUUUAUGUCUUGUUACAAGAACCUUUCUCGCUAUAUUGACUUUUAUAUUUUAUAGUGAGAAACGUUUACGUUAUACCAAUAUACUGCUGCUGUACUUAUUUCCAGUUAAAUGUUUCCCUACGAAACUUCAGAAAUGACUGUGUGAUUGGUUUUAUUGAUUCUAACAGCAGUGACUAGUGAAAAUACACUUAAUCACACAACUACAUCCAUGAUUCAAUAAGACAGGGUUGAUUACUUUUUCACAUACGACCAAUUACAUUCCGGUAACUUUUUACUCUUUAUACAUAAAAUUUUCCUUUGGAAGCAAAACUUUGUGUUUAUUCAAUCUAUGUGUGUCUGAUAUCUGAAUUUGCUUGAUGUGAAACAUUUAAGAGUGACAUAAAAGCAAAAAAAA